UCCCGCGCGGACUAGGCCUCGCGCGCCUGCCUCCCAAUCCCGCGCCAACGCGCUUGCCCAGCUGCCGCCGCCUUCCUCAUGCGCGUGUACCUCAUCGCUCGGUACUCCUAAGCCCGCAAGGUUUAGGCCUUGCGCAUGUGCGCCCCAAUCGCGCGCUCUCGUUCGUGCGCCCUUGCCGCUGGCCUGUUCGCGCGCGUCCUCGUCACUUGCGCGGUUGCUGCCCACACUCGAUGCCCCUGCAUCCUUCUCGCGCUCGCCUGCCCGCUCGCGCGUACCACCAACGCCCGUGUCACGAUUGUCUGCGGCGCCCCCUAUUGCGCCCUCUGCUUUGUGCGCGUCGCCGAUCCCCGGUCUCCCUCAGGCCACAGUGGUCGCACAGUUCCGCGACUACCAUCCAGAAAAAUUUUCCGGCCAAGGAGAUCCCCGUAUAGUAGACGAAUGGGUUCAAGGCCUUGAAAUAAUUUUCGAGGUCAUGGACUGUCCUGAUCGUUAUCACACGUUUUGUGCACAAAUCCAGCUGACCGGUGAUGCCCGACUCUGGUGGAAUGCCUAUUGGGGUAUGCGUCCCGGCGAGAAAGAAGGUUGUACGUGGGACCAAUUCAAGGAGUUGAUCCGAGAGAAGUAUUAUCCCUCGUACUACCGAGCAGACAUGGAGCGCCAGUUCUUGGCACUCACUCAGGGUACUCGUUAUGUUGAUGAGUACGAGAGAGAGUUUACUCGUCUCGGAGCCUUUUUACCCGAUCUUGUGG